AGAAAUCCACUAUUUCAUUUCUUUCAACUGAAUUCCAGCAAACGACAGUAUGGGAAAAGGAAAUGGCUUUGAAUAUCAGAACAGUUCAAAAACAACAAUCCACCGCUGUUUGUCAUGUGUUUUUCUCGUUAUUGCCAUGCAGGAGGGGAAUGAGGCGGGCAGCAUUUGAAUGAGUGGGGCAGGUGCAUUUGCUCCGAGCCUCAUGAAUAGACGCUUCCUAUUAGCCUGCGCGGAUCUGAGGGGCGCAUAAAUAAAAGCUGGCGGUGCUGAUUAAAAAAAGCGCACCUUAGGGCUUCUCCCCCUCCUCCACGUCCAUCUCAUUCUUCCCUUCUUUUUGUCUGAUGGGCUUGCCUUACAUCAGUCAGCCUAAAAGACUUUGGAGGUUGUAAACAAAUAAGAAACAGAUGGUUUCUUCUUUCUUUCUGAGAAUAUGAGAUCAUGUUUUUGACAUUUUUUCAUCUCCAUCUGUCCCACAUUUGUAAUCCGUAAAUCCGCUGGACUGAUUGCCAUUUAGACGAAAAACAGGAUCCUGCAUCAAAGAUUCAGAAACAGCAUCACCGACGGCUGGGACCGUUUGGAGACUCCGCCUGGAAGUUUUCUGUAUUUUGCGUUUUUGUUUUCGUGCGGAAGAUAGCGUUGCUCUGGGACAGAGGAGAUGGGACACCCGGGCAGAGGAUGGAUGCUCCUGGUCUGGAUCGUCGCCGUCAGCUUUCUGCUGGCUGAUGGACGGAGACUGAGACAGCCCAGAUGUCCCUCUGGAUGCACCUGCACUAAGGACAAUGCUCUGUGUGAGAACGUCCGAUCCGUGCCUCACGCGUUCCCAUCUGACGUUGUUUCACUAUCUUUUGUGAAGUCUGGAUUUAACGAAAUCGCUGGAGGAAGCUUUAUUCACACACCCAACCUGCAGCUACUAUUGUUCACAGCAAAUUCAUUGGACCUCAUUGAUGAAGAAGCUUUUCUGGGUUUAUCGCACCUUGAAUACCUAUUUAUUGAAAACAACAGAAUUGCAUCAAUAUCGCCAUUUGCUUUCCGGGGACUGAAGGCACUCAUACAUCUGAGUCUGGCUUACAACAACCUGGAGACGCUGCCUAAAGAUGUGUUCAAGGGCAUGGAUGCUUUGACUAAAAUAGAUCUGAGAGGAAACAAUCUGAUCUGUGACUGUAAGCUCAAGUGGUUUGUCGAAUGGAUUCAUCACACCAACGCUACUCUGGAUGAGAUCUACUGCAGUGGCCCAUCCAUUCACCAAGGGAAGAAGAUCAACGAUCUGCAGCCGCACUCUUUUGACUGCAUCACAACAAAGUUUGCUUCCUAUCAGCUGUUGAAGUUUGAGUCGAUUUCAGUGGAGUCCUUCAACUUCGGAAACGAGCAAUUUGUGGUGUUUGCUCAGCCUUUCACUGGCACCUGCACCUUCUUAGAAUGGGAUCAUGUGGAGAUGACCUUCAGAACUUAUGACAUCAUUGAAAGCAUCUCCACUGUGGUCUGCAAACCGAUUGUGAUUGACAACCAGCUCUUCAUCAUUGUGGCCCAGCUGUUUGGAGGUUCACACAUUUAUAAACGUGACACCUCUUCCAACAAGUUUAUCAAAAUCCAGGACAUUGACAUCCUGAGGAUUCGCAAACCCAAUGACAUAGAGGCGUUUGAGAUUGAUGGGGAGACUUUCUUCAUUAUCGCUGACAGCUCCAAGGCUGGCUCUACAACUGUGUACAAAUGGAACGGCAUCGGUUUCUACUCCCACCAGUCCCUCCACCUGUGGUACAGAGACACUGACGUGGAGUACCUGGAGAUUGCCAACAAACCCCACCUGAUUUUGUCCAGCAGCUCCCAGAGGCCUGUUGUUUACCAGUGGAAUAGGAUCCAGAAAAAGUUUGAUCGCAGAACUGAUAUCCCAGAUAUGGAGGACGUCUUCUCAGUCAAACACUUUCGGGUAAAAGGUGAUCUCUUCAUAUGCUUGACAAGAUUCAUCGGGGACUCCAGGGUGAUGCGUUGGGAUGGUGCCAUGUUCAAAGAGGUCCAGACAUUUCCCUCCCGUGGCUCCAUGGUGUUCCAGCCUGUCUUCGUCAGCAAAUGGCAGUAUGCCAUCUUAGGCAGUGAUUAUUCACUGACACAGGUCUACCAAUGGGACACUAACAGAGGACAGUUUGUCCCAUCUCAAGAGCUCAGCAUUCAGGCACCUCGGGGGUUUUCUGUGGUCUCCGUUGACAACAGAGUGUUUUUGUUUGCAUCCAGCUUCAAGGGGAAAACUCAAAUAUACGAGCACAUCAUGAUCGAUUUGAGUGAUUAAACGUAUCAUUGUUUGUGAUACUCUGAACUCAUCAGUCCCAUUUAAAUUUAUCAAACAAUUUUAGCACAGCUGAAAAGUCUUUGUAUUAUUGUUUCUACUGUUAUUUAUCACCCACCAAAAGAAAACAUGUAGGCUAUGAUGUUUUUACCCAUGCUUGUUCUUUUUCAUCUCUGUUUCUUUUUUUCAGCUGUUUCAUCUCUGCAGAUCUGCAGUGUGUGAAUGUGUGAAUGACUGUUGUAUUGUAAAGUGCCUGGGAGGGGUUUUGGACUCCAUACAGGCAAUUUACAAUCUGUUUGAACUCUUUUUGCAGAACUCUAUUUUGGAAAAUAACAGAUUAGAAAAUUUGUAGUAUUGUUUGAUUAAUAGAAUUAAAAUGAUACGUUUCUUAGAAUAGACAGGUAAAUAUGUUGGUAAUUUUGAGCCUUUUUUUUCUACACAAGUCACUUCAGGGAAAGUAACCAUAAAUGCUUCUAGGAGAUACAAACUUGACAAACAAGCAAAUAAAAAGAAAUAUAGUCAUUUAGAAAGUGUUGAAUUUCAACACGAUGUCAGAACAGCUACGCCGCUUCUUUUUAAAGUCUGACAGAACGUCAAACGGCCAAGUUACCAUCCAUUGUUGGACUGUUUUGGUGAGUAAGAGUUGUAUAACACAGUGGUUGAAAAUCUUCCAGUCUGUAAAUGAGUUGUCAUGACUAAAGAUGGCAAUAUGACAAUUGCUUCUAACUCAACACACAAUUUGUCAAAUUACUGAUUUAACUAACAUUCCUCAUGGAUGGAUUGGGGGUUCAAGCUUUUCCUUAAAUUUGUUGUGUUUCUGUUUUAUAUUGUCUCAUUUCCAUGUUGAUUUUACCAGUCUUCCUCAGGUCUCGGUAGUCUCUGGCACUGUGAUAUGACAGAUCUUUGUAAAAAAAAAACACUUGAAGACAAUCUAAAUUUCUAUUCCUUGCUUUAGCAUUGCUAUCCAUUUAGCAACAUUAGGGCUAGUUUGUCUAUAAUACUAUAGCCAAACAAUUGGGACUUUCAACCAAAGCAAAGAAUCCUAUCCAUUCCUUCAGUUCAUCCAUCCAUUCAUCCAUUUUCAUCCGCUUAUCUGGAGUCGGGUCACGGGGGCAGUAGCCUAAGGCGAGAGGCCCAGACUUCCCUCUCCCCAGCCACUUGGGCCAGCUCCUCGGGGGGAAUCCCAAGGCGUUCCCUGGCCAGGUGAGAGACAUAGUCCCUCCACCGUGCCCUGGGUCUACCUUUAAAUCUCCUCCCGGUUGGAUGUGCGUAGAAAACCUCACCAGGGAGGCGUCCAGGAGGCAUCCUGACCAGAUGCCCGAGCCACCUCAACUGGCUCCUCUCAAUGUGGAGGAGCAGGUCUACUCCAAGCCCUUCCCGAAUGACCGAGCUUCUCACCCUAUCACUAAGGGAGAGCCCAGCCACUCUUCGGAGAAAACUCAUUUCGGCCGCUUGUAUCCGCGAUCUUGUUCUUUCGGUCACUACCCAAAGCUCAUGACCAUAGGUGAGGGUAGGAACGUAGAUCGACCGGAAAACCGAGAGCUUCACCUUCUGACUCAGCUCUCUCUUCACCACGACAGACCGGUACAACGUCCGCAUCACUGCAAAUGUAGCACCAAUCCACCUAUCAAUCUCACGCUCCAGUUUUCCCUCACUCGUGAACAAGACCCAGAGAUACUCAAACUCCUCCACUUGGGGCAGGACCUCAUCCCUGACCCGGAGAAGGCAUUCUACCCUUUUCCGAAUCAAGACCAUGGUCUCAGAUUUAGAGGAGCUGAUUCUCAUCCCAACUGCUUCACACUCGGCUGCGAACUGCUCCAGCAAAAGCUGAAAAUCAUGUUCUGAUGAAGCCCACAGGACCUCAGCUUCUGCAAAAAGCAGAGACCUGAUCCUAUGGCCACCAAAACGGAUGUCCUCCACACUUUGGCUGCAUCUAGAAAUCCUGUCCAUAAAGGUUAUGAACAGAAUUGGUGACAAAGGGCAGCCUUGGCGGAGUCCAACUCUCACUGGAAAUGAGCCCGACUUACUGCCGGCAACGCGGACCAAGCUCUGACACCGGUCAUACAGGGACCUAACAGCCCCAUACAGACCUGGUGCCCCAUACUCCCGGAGUACCCCCGAGGGACACGGUCAAAUGCCUUCUCCAAAUCCACAAAACAUAUAUAGACUGGUUGGGCAAAUUCCCAUGCACCCUCCAGGAUCCCUCUAAGGGUAUAGAGCUGGUCCAGUGUUCCACGGCCAGGACGAAAGCCAGGACGAAAACCACAUUGCUCCUCCUGAAUCUGAGGUUCAACAAUCCGACGGACCCUCCUCUCCAGAACCCCUGAAUAGACCUUACCAGGAAGGCUCAGGAGUGUGAUCCCCCUGUAGUUGGAACACACCCUGUGGUCCCCCUUUUUAAAUAAGGGGACCACCACCCCGAUCUGCCAGUCCAGUGGGACUGCCCCCGAUGUCCACGCGAUAUUGCAGAGUCGCAUCAGCCAACAAAGCCCCACAACAUCCAGAGCCUUAAGGAACUCAGGGCGGAUCUCAUCCACCCGUGGAGCCUUGCCUCAGUGACCUCAGCACCAGACAUUUGAGGGGCCAACCCAGAGUCCCCAGACUCUGCUUCCUCACUGGAAGACGUGUCAGUGGGACUGAGGAGGCCUUCAAAGUAUUCUGCCCACCGAUCCACAACGUCCUGAGUAGAGAUCAGCUGCACACCGUCCCCACUAUAGAUAGUGUAGGUAGCGCACGGCUUUGCCCCCCUGAGACGCCGGAUGGUGGACCAGAAUCUCCUCGAAGCCAUAUGGAAGUCUUGCUCCAUGGUCUCACCAAACUCCUCCCAUGCCCGGGUUUUGCCUUGGCAACCACCAGAGCUGCGUUCCGCUUGGACUGCCGGUACUUGUCAGCUGCCUCUGGAGUCCCACAGGCCAAAAAGCCCUGAUAUGACUCUUUCUUCAGCUUGAAGGCAUCCCUAAACGCCGGUGUCCACCAGCAGAUUCGGGGGUUGCCACCACGACAGGCAGCGACGAUCCUGCGACCACAGCUCUGGUCGGCCGCCUCAACAAUGGAGACACGGAACAGGGUCCAUUCAGACUCAAAGUCCCUCGCCUCCCCCGGAACAUUUUGGAAGUUCUGUCGGAGGUGGGAAUUGAAGCUCCUUCUGACAGGAGACUCUGCCAGACAUUCCCAGCAGACCCUCGCAAUACGUUUGAGCCUGCCUGGUCUGACUGGCAUCCUCCCCCACCAUCUGAGCCAACUCACCACCAGGUAGUGGUCAAUUGGCAGUUCCGCCCCUCUCUUCACCCAAGUGUCCAAGACAUGCGGCCGCAGGUCAGAUGAAACAACAACAAAGUCGAUCAUCGAGCUGCGGCCUAAGGUAUCCUGGUGCCAAAAGCACAUAUGGACACCUUUAUGUCUGAACAUGGUGUUCAUUAUGGACAAUCCAUGGCUGGCACAGAAGUCCAAAAACAAAACACCACUCAAAUUCAGAUCGGGGGGCCAUUCCUCCCAACCAUACCUCUCCAGGUCUCACUGUCAUUGCCCACGUGAGCGUUAAAGUCCCCAAGCAGAACGAGGGAGUCACCGGAAGGAGCGCUUUCCAGCACCCCCUCCAUGGUCUCCAAAAAGGGUGGGUAGUCUGAACUGUAGUUUUGUGCAUAAGCACAGACCACAGUCAGAACCCAUCCCCCCACAUGUAGGCGGAGGGAGGCUACCCUCUCAUUCACUGGGGUAAACCCCAAUGUACAGACACCAAGAUGGGGGGCAACUAGUAUGCCCACCCCUGCUCGGCGCCUCUCAGUGGGAGCAACUCCAGAGUGGUAGAAAAUCCAACCCCUGUCAAGGAAACUGGUUCCAGAGCCAGAGCCAUGUGUUGAGGUGAGUCCGACUAUAUCUAGUCGGAACCUCUCAACCUCACACACCAACUCAGGCUCCUUCCCCACCAGAGUGGUGACAUUCCAUGUGCCAAGAGCCAGCUUCUGUAGCUGAGGAUCAGAUCGCCAAGGUCCCCGCCCUCGACUAUCACCCGUCACACACUGCACCUGACCCCUUUAGCCCCUCCUACGAGUGGUGAGCCCAUGGGAAGAUUCCUUCCUUCAGUCUUUAGUCUUAUUUCACCUAAAAAGUAGCUCACUAAAAACAAACAAAUAAAACUUCAACUGAAUACUGUGAGAAAAAUGAUGGUGUCCGUGAGACACACAUGGUGUUGGUUUCUGGUAAAUGACAUACUAGAAGCAUCCCACUGUCACUCUUACCCCUUUUCUCUUCCAACUACAAUGCCAUUGUUGUCUUUACUCCGCAGCUAAAAGGCUUGUAUUUUCACACAAAAAUCACAAACAUUGGUUACAAACCAUUGCCAAAUAAAGCAUUUACAUGUUUACAAUAUGUGUGUAAUUUAUAUGUAUAACAGGUCCAGACUGUAGAGUUUAGCAGAUGAAGUAGUAAAACAAGACUAGUUCAUUAAAUGCAAUGUAACACUUUGUUUUUGAAGAAAAAAAAACUAACAGAUCUCCUUGUAUCCGUUUAAUAGGUAGUUAAAGAUAUAUUAAAUGUAUUUCUUUGUCAUCUUGUUUAUUGUACUAAAUGAACAGUAGUAAUAAAAUAAUAAAUAACCA